CAAUCCAACAUGUACGAAAGCAUGCAAAAAUAACACUUCCGAAUUGGAAUGGCUUCUAGAAGCUGUAAAUCGACAGUUGUACGUAAGCUAUCGCAGUUAUGUUGACUUAAAGAUAAUUACACGUUUGUGAAAGCAGUUGUUAUCAAUGAACUUCCAUGGCCGCAUAAAUUAAAUGAAAGUGGAAUGAAUAUAUUCGUUUUGCACGAUAAGAAACAAAGGUACUCGACUAUGUUACAGAACAAGAGAUUGUACAAACGACAGCUGAUAAAAACGCACCCCACUACAAACAAAUGUUGAAAGAAUCACGGCCAGUCAAGCCGCAAGAGGUUCAAGAUGACAUCGCAAGGAUGGAAAACGGGUGAAAAUGCUGAAAAGUCUCCAUCAGUGCAUUAUGCAAAUUGGAAGGAAACUAUCUUAUUGAAAAAACAAAUGCAUGUGUUGGAAAGAAGUGAGAAAAAUGUAAUUCAUAGAAUCAAAAUAGACCAAAAAGUGUUAUUCAAACGAUUUCAGGAUAAGUUGUAUAGAUCUAAAUUAUGUGAGGCGCGCAUGCAUGGAAAUAAAGAAAUAGAAAGAGAACUUCGGGCCAAAAAUCUCCAUGGAUUAAACACUGAUUUUGGUAGUGUCGAAAAGGAUUACGAGUUCCUCACAAAACUUCAGAGCAACCGGAAAAAGUCGCAGCAAAAUAAACAGAAAAAACAUCCAAAAAUUACAGUCACCAUUCCAAAAGACACUCAAAAGGAACUAGUCGAUGACGUAUUUAUGGACGGCAAUGGUACUCGACGGAGAAGCAACUCUGUCAGUGAAUGCAUGACGCCACGAUCGACAGGUACCCUAGCAGGUCUACCCCUGCCCACCGUAGACCGACCAUCCACCACGGGGAGUCGUCCACAACAGCGGGAGGUAGAAGUCAGCGUCCAAUCCCUGCCCCUCAAAAAAAACCUCCAGCUAAGUAUUGCCACCAAAGGAAAGAAACAGAACAACAAACUGACGUUAGAUUUGCCCGUGAAGCAGAAAGCGCGGCCUCACACAUGCGGACCGUCCCUAUUGCAGCAAGUCACCAACGAUGCAACAUCCGGGUCACGGCGGCCAUCAGAACAAGAGAGCCACAGAAAGAAAUCCUCCAGUUUCUUUGAGGAUGAGAAGAAAAUCGAUGUUGUCGAAUUACAGUUAAAAGCGAUCAAGUCUUUGAAUUAUGACCAGAAAAUCCAAGAGUUUGUAGACACCUUGAAUGACUUGGUAGUGGAUGACAUUGAAGACAGGGACUACUAUACACUGAGACUCAGGGCAGCAAUGAAGGAAAUAUCAGGUAUUAAAUACGAGCAAGUUCCCGGAACUCCGGAAGAUGAGUACAACAGGCAUGUGGGUAACUUGGAUCUAAAAAGCCUCACUUUCAAAAAUCUGAAGUUUGAUUUCAGUUCACGUGACACCGUGACAACGGCAGAUAAUUUCCGUCCGGACUAUCAGCCGGUCAUCUUGUCCUCUGACGAGUCCAGCGACGACGAUGACGAUAUGUAGACGCUAAAUAAUUUAAAUGUUACAGGAAUUCAAAUCAAAUACAUUAUUUUAUAUCCGAAAAGUUAUUUCCAACAUGUGGUUAUUAUUUGUUAUUAUUUCCAAAAGACUCACAACGUCUUCACGGCGUAGUAAUAUAGUUUAUAUUUGGUUCCAACGUCAUUUACGUCUGACUGGCGUCUAGGUGCCUUGCGUUUCAAAUACACAACGAACUGUUUGUCAAAUAGUAGUAAUCUCGGAAAAAUCAGCUAGUCAUCUGGAUAUUGACGAAUUUCCAAACUAUUCAUUUCACGUUGUUAAAACGUCAUUAAGAGGUGCGUGUAUAUAAUUCCGGCAAAAAUUAUGUGUUUAUAUAUGUGUUUAUAAUUGUUUUCUUUUUGAUGUAAGAAGGUAACAAAAAAAACCAACAUAACACGCUGACAUGAGUUGUUUUUGUUUUUUGCAAUAACCACAUGAACUAGUCACCUAAAGAAAACAUUUUACUGCUCAAAUGAAACUUUAUGCUAAAUAAAGCAAUAGAGAUGAUUCAAACCAAACAGAUAACAGAAUACAUGACAAAUUUGUGUUUUCUCACAAAAUUUAUUUUUUAAAAUGGAAACAUUGUUAAAUUUUAAACCACACUAUUGCAAGACUAGGACAAUUCAAUUUUUUACACGGUACUUAAAACAAAGUCACCACACUGCAGGUUUUCAUUGAAAAAUAAUUGUAAAUCUUUGAGGUCCUGUAUG